UUUUACAAACCGUAGAUAUUCUUCCGAGAUCUUAGGGAAGACCUUCCUCCUUGCGGUCACAGCGGCAUAUGUAACCACUUAACGUGGUACUUCACACCAUCUCAAGUCCAUUUUAUGUUCACACCCAGCCUUAAAAAUGCUACUUGCCGCUUUACCGAGUGGGGUCAAGCUCAUUUCAGGACGUUCGUUGGCGUUUACCGCCGCUCGGAUGUGUUCUGCUGGCCCUGCAGCAGCCAACCCGGUCGUCUACUUUGACAUUGCAGCUGACAACCAGCCCGUCGGAAGAGUAACAUUCGAGCUGAAUGCAGAUGUUGUGCCCAAAACAGCAGAGAAUUUCAGAGCACUGUGCACAGGAGAACAUGGUUUUGGCUACAAGGGAUCCAUCUUCCACAGGAUCAUCCCUCAGUUCAUGUGCCAGGGGGGAGACUUCACUAAUCACAAUGGAACCGGAGGGAAAUCUAUCUACGGACUCAAAUUCAAAGACGAGAACUUCGAACUGAAGCACACGGGACCUGGCAUUCUGUCAAUGGCCAACGCUGGGCCCAACACCAACGGCUCCCAGUUCUUCAUCUGCACCGACAAGACAGAGUGGCUGGAUGGCAAACAUGUUGUGUUUGGCAGCGUGACCCAGGGACUGGAUGUGAUCAGGAAAGUGGAGAUGUUCGGCUCUCGUUCGGGGCGUACCUCCAAGAGUAUCACCAUCGCGGACUGUGGAGAGCUUAAGUAGUCUGGGAGUCCCAAGUUGUACCCUAUUCCCUAUAUAGUGCACGACAUUGGGGACAUGGGGCACGCCCACCAAGCGGGCAUGAUGGUUUCUAAUAGCCUGGUGUGAUUAUAAUUUUUUCAAAUUUAAUUUGUAUUAUUGUUGGACAUAAAAGACCUAAAAACACGAGGAAAUGAGUUCCAAGUUAUUUUAAUUUUAGAAAUCUGUUCCCAGGUAUAAUAGAGAUGUGAUUGUAUACCAAUGUAAACGAGGUUGGAAAUCAGAUUUAGAUCUUCCUCUUUAAACACAGUGACAAUAGCGUGUUUUGUUCUUUUUCCAGGAUAUUGUGUCAAACACUGUUUUUUUAGGGGGAAAGUUAUUCUGUGAUUUGAUAUUUUUUUAUAAAUGAUUUCUACCACUG